GUUUUCACUUUGCUGGUUCUCAUCUCCUACAGCUCAACUCAACGACUAUAUUGGCCAUCCAGCAGCUAUUCUCCAUAUUAUCAAGCCUUAUUCGCUGAAGCACAAAAACCGGCUCCUACAUAUAUUCAAGUGAUGCCCCACUAUACGCCUAAAGCUCACAAUGUGAGGGAUGCUGCUCAAGCCUAUUCUCCGAGGCUGGAUUUUAGGAUACCUCUAAGAAAUGCGCCGAUCAUGUCUGCCAUUGUGCCUUCUCUGAAACCCUUCCAAAAUAGCGCUUUUCGUAUCGUUGUAUUUUCCCCUGCUUAUCUAAAAUUCUCCCAUAUACUCUGUAGAAAGUGUGUGCUCCAUCCUUGGUCCUGUUCAUUUUUUGAAAAAGAAAAAAGGAAACACUGCAAAAUCACUUCCAAGGGACACUUCAGGGACAUGGGGGAGUGGUCUGGGAUUGAUUCUUUGUAA